CGAGGGACCCACAUUUCUUCUACUUCUUUCCUCCCCUCGUUUCUCCGUUUCGAUCCUGGCCAUGGUCUUUUGGAGUCCAAAUACGAAAUUGAUGAUGCUCAUUGAUCAAAUACUCUCCUUCAGAUUUCCCUUUGUUUUUCUGCUUCUCUCUGUUCUUACCCUCGUAUGUGCACAGGACUAUGAUUACCUCUAUCAUUUCUGUUAUAAUUCAUCUAGUCUAGCGGGAAACAGCACCUACAGAGCCAACCUCUAUCACCUCUUCUCUUCUCUCUUAAACGCAUCCAAAAGUACCAGUGAUGGGUUCUACAACACCACCGCUGGACAAGACCCCAACACCGUGUAUGGCAUCUUUCUCUGUCGCGGUGAUGUUUCAACGGAAAUUUGCCAGAAUUGUGUUGCCUCCGCCGCCAACGAUGUAGCUCAGCUUUGCCCCACAGGGUAUGAGGCCGUAAUCUGGUACGGGCGUUGCAUUGUCCGUUACUCGAACCGGUCGAUCUUCUCGACCGUGGCCACUGACCCAAAAAUAGAUUUGAAGAUUCGUGAGAAUGUUUCAGAACCGGACCGAUUCAACCAGCUCGUGGCGGGGGCGGCGACAUAUAUUGCAAAUCAGGCUGCGAACGCCUCGGUUGGGGCUAAGAAGUUUGCGACCAAAGAAGUGAAAUUUAAUGAGUUUCAAGACGUGUACAGCCUCGCACAGUGUUCGCCAGAUAUUUCCGGCGACGGUUGCAACAGAUGCCUUCAGUUUGCGAUCGGAGACUUGCCGGAAUGUUGCAGCGGAAGAGUGGCGGGGUUUGCAUUAUACCCAAGUUGUAUUCUUAGAUAUCAAGUUACCCCUUUUUAUAACCUAAAUGAAGCUGUAGCGCCUCCAUCUACGCCGCUUGUUGGUCAUCCUGUAAACCCUCCAACUAUAGGGAAAGGGCAGACUUCAUCAGGUUCCAUUAUCAUCGUUAUUUUUUCAACAGUUGGUUCCUUGGUGAUUUUCUCCAUUGGCUUGUGUUGGAUACUAAUCUCGAAAGCAAGGAAGAAGAAAAAUAGACAGCUAAAGAAACGUAAUGUUGGAAGGAAACCAGGGGACCAGUCAUUACAAUUUGAUUUUCGUAUUAUAGAAGAUGCCACAAACAACUUUGCAGAUGCUAACAUAAUUGGUACUGGUGGAUUUGGCAGGGUGUAUAAGGGGGUAUGUGCUAAUGGACAAGAAAUAGCUGUGAAGAGGCUAUCAAGAAGCUCCAAACAAGGUGGGGAGGAAUUUAGGAAUGAGGUUGUAUUGUUAGCCACACUUCAGCACCGGAAUCUGGUUAGGCUGUUAGGAUUUUGCACAGAUCGAAAAGAGAGGAUGCUAAUUUAUGAAUUUGUUCCCAACAAAAGCCUUGACUACUUCAUAUUUGAUCCUGAGAAAAGAGCAGAACUGGAUUGGCCAAGACGUCAUAAGAUAAUAAAAGGCAUUGCUCUGGGCCUCCUGUAUCUUCAUACCGAUUCAAGGCUCAGGAUCAUACAUCGUGAUCUAAAAGCCAGCAAUAUCUUGUUGGACGAGGAUAUGACACCCAAAAUUUCAGAUUUUGGUAUGGCAAGAAUUAUUGAAGAAAAUCAGACUCAAGAACCUACAAAGAGAAUUGUUGGCACAUAUGGCUACAUAUUGCCCGAGUUUGCAAUGCAUGGGAAGUUCUCUGAGAAAUCAGAUGUGUUUAGCUUUGGUGUGUUGAUGUUAGAAAUUGUAUGCGGCAAAAGGAAUGCAGGCAUCUCCAACCCAAAUUAUGCUGAAAACCUUCUAACGUAUGCUUUGUUGCUUUUUUCCGGUUGUGGCUGCCUUGGAUUGAUGGGUCCUCCUUUGAGUUGUUGUUUUGUGGGUUAUGAGGUUCUUAUGUGUGUCCUGAUUUUCUUGGUUUUCUUUCGAUUGGACUGCUCUGCGUUCCUGACCAUGGCACUGCUAGUUUUCCUGUUUUGCGGCGGUGCACGUGUGUGGCGGGGGUUCAACCUCUUUGUCAGUGGUUGAUGCUUUUUUUCCGUGGCUGCCGCCUCGAUUAUGUGCCUCCUUCUCGUAUUAUUUACGGCUUUGUUGUUUUUUUAUUGUUUUUUGUAGUUUUUGAUUGUUCUUUUGCGUUCUUUUGUUUCCUUGUCUUUGGGUUUGUUUUCUUGGCUUCGUUUUUCAGGUCAGGAAAAGAUUUAGGACAGAAUUGAAAUAUGAUGGACAGUCUUGGGCUUACAUGUUGUUUUCCGGGUAGUUGGUUUCUUUUGCUACUGUUUGUUUUCUUUGUAUGCUGUUUUUUUUCUUGUUAUGUUUGGUUUUUUUCUGUUGUGUUUUGGUCUUUUGUCUUUUUCCCCUCUUUUUUGAUAUUCUGUUGACUUUUCUCCACAUCUUUGGAUCUCAUGUUGUCAGUUUUCCGUACCUCUGUUUUCCAUGUCGUGCUCUUUUUUUGCUUUUGUUGUCAAUCUAAUUUUCGUUUUUGUCUUUUCCUUAUGUUUUGGGUUUUUUUUUUUUUUUUGGUUUAUGUUUUUGGUUUUUUUGUUUUGUGAAAAUUUUGUCGGGGCAGUUUUUUUUUAUGUUCUUUUUUGUCAUAUUAUAAACCCGUUUUGGUGUUUUGGAGUAUGUGUUUUUUCUCUGUGAUAAUAUUGCUUCUAGUCUUAAACUCUAUCGAGGAUCUAGAUCGGAAAUUGAAAUAUUGUUCACUGUGAAUUGAGCUGGUCUGUUUGUAGGUGCCUUUGGCUCCAUGACAGAGUGCAUAUAAUAUGCUGGUUUUGAUGGCAAUGGAAGACAUGAUCCAGGGCUGCUACCAAGCAUGAAAACAACAGAAGCCAUGGUUGGUCUUGUAGCAACAUUUUCCUGAACACAUAGUAGGCCUAUUUGUAUACAUCUCAUCAUUUCACCACUAGAACCAUCCCUCAUUAUGGGAUCUAUUAAAUUUAGAGCUGUCCC